AUGUUCGGAGAACUGCUGCUGGACCGCGAGUCUGCUGCUAGAAUACAAAAUACACGAAGCAAAGAGGCUGAGAGGCGAGAGCGGAUCUUUAAGCACAAAGAGAGGACCAUAGGGGUGGACAAGCAAGCACUGGACAUGCAGCUGAAAGAAAAGGAACUGAAAGAACAAGAAGAAAAAGAGCAACAACAAAAAAAGGAUGCAGAGAUGCUCCAUAACAAUCGUGUUGCCAACAUGCUCGCCCAUCGUCAACAAAAGCAGAAACAUGAAACGGCCAAGAGCAUUGACAUCUUCAGGCAACAGCACCAGCAACCGCAAAGUCGGAGGGAGUUUGACCUGAACGACCCCCAGAGCCUUAAAACCCGGGGUCCAGCCGAGGCCCAGAUGCUGAUCCCUGGACUGAUCGGUGAAGACCCCCACAGCAAGGAGCGACAGCAGAGACAGAGGGAGCAGCUCCGAGACUGGCUCGUACAGCAGCAUGCCGAGCGCCAGAGACAACGGCACACACAGGAGAUGGAAGAUCAGAACUAUCAGCAGUUCGUGUUGGAGGUCAACAAUAUGGCUCUUGAAGUGGAAAAGCUUGAGAUGGAAAAUAGAAAAGCCAUUGUCACUGAAACCAAGGAUUUCAAUCUUGCAAUGUCAGAAGAGAAAAGGCGGCAAGAAUCUGAGAACAAGGACACAGGGAUAUUGGAUUUCAUAGACAGGGCCCCGACUGACGUGGACUCCCCACAAAGCAUUAUGGGAGCAGAGAGGCGAGAGAUUGUGCAACUUAAAGAAUUUCAACAGCAACAGAUAGAAGAAAUACAGAGACGAAAAGAGCGCGAGGAAAGUGAAAAGCGCAGGUACGACCGCGUGCGCACAGACUCCGCUCGCACCGCAGAGCUCAUCGAGAGGCAGCAGGCGAAACUCAACAAAGAGAUGAGGAAACACCUGGACAGCAGCAACCUGGUGUUAGCUCAGAGCAGGAAGCAGCUGAAACCAGAUUUAUCCAAAGGUGCCAUCUCCGAGAGUUUCUUCUCCCAGUUCAACACGUGCAGUAGAUAG